AUGAAAAAAGUAACAACAAUAAUAGUAUUCAAAAGUAUUGCAACUAUUUACAAUAACAAACAAUCAACCUUCAAUCAACCAUCACCAUCAACGACGAUGUCUUCAAUUUACAAUGUAUUGGAUGAUCUUGUUAGAAUGCUUAUUCGUGCAUUCUACACUGAUGAAUAUAUCAUUGUUAUAGAUGCUGUUUUGAGACAAAAGAAACGUGUAAAAGAAGAUGAAAUUGCAAAUCAGAUCAAUAUACCAUUUAAAUAUUGUAGAAAGAUUCUAAUGGAUUUAAGAGGUGAUUCUAUAUUAAAGUCACAAGAAGUAAAGGAAGAAGGAAAGGGACCUGGUGAUCGUGCAAUUACUACACAACUUUGGUAUUUGGAUUAUAGUCAUAUUAUCGAUAUUAUAAAGUACAAGAUGUAUAUGGUUCGAAAGAUGAUGGAGGCUGAAAAGACACAAAAGUUUGAUCUUCAAUACAAAUGUGUCGCUUGCGCCAAACUGUUUAGUGCAUACGAUAUUCCACAGUUGUUGACGCCUGAAGGCGACCUUUGCUGCGAUCGAUGCGAUGGCAAAUUGACAGAGGAAAAGAGCAGCGCUGAUUUCUUUUCCAAUCAGACCAAACAAAAUGCAGACAUGUUGGGACAACUCAAGAAACUAGUCGAACAAUUAAAAAAGACAGAGGGUCAGCAAAUACCUUUGUUUGCCAGAGAUAUGGCUCAAGGUAAUAUGGAUACUGGUCCAUCACAUGUUAUUAAUACAAGUAGUUCUACUGGUCCUGCAAAACAAGGUGCAUUUGGACCAAACGAAGCAGCAGGUGGAAAUAAAGGAUGGAUCGAUCCAUCUUCUUCAAGUGUCGAAGUUUUAGUCGAUAUUUAUGACUCUGAUAAUGUUGAUACUGGACAUAUCAUUUCCUCAAAUGCUAAAAAAGAAACAAAAAAACCAACUCACCCUGUUCCACCAUGGUUAUUACCAAAAUCACUCGAACCAUCACCCAAUUCUACCAAUGGUGGGGCUUUGGGUAAUGCAUCAAAGAAUGCUAAAAUAGAGAUGCCACUUAGUUUUGCAUAUAGUUCUACAAAAUCUCAAGCAAUCGAUAAAACUUAUUUUGAUGAUUAUGUAACAAAACAUUAUAAAGAUGAAGCAGAUGAUGAAGUAUCAAAGAAACAAAGAAUAAAUUCACCAAAUCAUCCUAGUAGUAAUAAUAGUAAUAGUAACACCACAGCUUUAUCGACACCAACAUCCUCCUCUUCAUCUUCUUCCACUACUACCAGUGCACAACAACAACCACAACCAUUACAAUCAACAUGCAAAGUAACGGUUAUUGCAGCUGGAAAAUCAGUCAACUUAUUAGAAGUAACAGAGGAAGACCAGGAAAUAAUGUCUUCUCAAGAGUAUGAAGACUACAAUAUGGCUUUAUAUAAUUUUGUAGCAUCAUCACAGGAAUCAAAAUAA